AUGCUCGUGUUAAGACUCUACGAUAAAAUCGAUCCGUACAAAAUAACACUAAAUUCUAGAUUCAAUGAAGACUUUGGAAUAGACAGUUUAGAUCAUGUAGAGCUUGUCAUGGCAAUAGAAGAAGAGUUCGAGUUUAAUUUUUAUGAAAUUUGUGGAGUUACUGUAUUUGCAGCUUACUGGUCAUCUGUAUUCACUGAUACACAAUUAAUUCGUUCAAACACCUAG